UGUUUGCCAUAGCUUUAGUAAUACAAAAUGGAGGCUGAAAGUGAAACAUUGAGAAGGAGGGGAUGUUCUUUUACAAAAGCUGAUUUCUUACCUGAGGAGUCCUUCAAGAGUUGGGGGAACUAUGCCAAAGCAUUGGGAGAGACGGGCACACGGUUGAAGGACAGAGUUUUUACUCGGUCCCUCGAUGAAAUCGAGGUCACUGAGAUAAAAGCUCAAAGUAAGAAUGAUAUGAAGAAGAGCCUCAAUUGGUGGGAUCUCAUAUGGUUGGGCAUUGGUUCUGUCAUUGGUACUGGUAUCUUUGUUCUCACUGGUCAAGAAGCCAAACUUGAUGCUGGUCCUGCUGUUAUUCUCUCAUAUGCUGUCUCAGGUCUCUCAGCCUUGUUAUCUGUCUUUUGUUACACUGAAUUUGGAGUUGAGAUCCCUGCAGCAGGUGGGUCAUUUGCAUAUUUGAGGGUAGAGAUGGGAGACUUUGUGGCCUUCAUUGCAGCUGGAAACAUCAUAUUUGAGUAUGUGAUAAGUUGUGCAGCUGUGGCUCGUUCAUGGAGUUCUUAUCUUGCAACUCUUCUCAACCACAAUCCUAAUGAUUUCCGUAUCGUUAUCUCUAACCUUCCACAAGACUUCAAUCAACUUGAUCCCAUUGCUGUCUGUAUCAUUUCUAUUGUAUGCGUUGCAGCCGUAUUCAGUACUAAAUUCUCUUCGCGUUUUAAUUACAUUGCUUCAGUACUACACCUUGCCAUAAUAGUAUUCAUCAUUAUUGCUGGGCUUACCCAGGCCAAUGUCAAAAACUAUACUGAUUUCACACCUUAUGGUGUCCAUGGCAUCUUUAAGGCUUCAGCAGUUCUCUUCUUUGCAUAUGUUGGAUUCGAUGCAGUAUCAACCAUGGCAGAGGAGACUAAGAACCCUGGUAGGGAUAUCCCAAUUGGUCUUGUUGGAUCCAUAACAAUCACCAUAGUUGUUUAUUGUUUAAUGGCAGCCACACUUUGCCUAAUGCAGCCUUAUGAUCAGAUUGACCCUGAUGCUCCAUUCUCUAUAGCCUUUAAGGCCACAGGAAUGGACUGGGCUAAGUACAUUGUUGCAUUUGGGGCUUUAAAGGGUAUGACCAGUGUUCUACUUGUCAGUGCAAUGGGUCAAGCAAGGUACCUUACACACAUUGCCAGAACACAUAUGGCUCCUCCUUGUUUAGGUUAUGUCCAUGAGAAGUUUGGGACACCCAUUAAUGCCACAAUUGUAAUGCUUGUUGCUACUGCUGUCAUUGCUCUGUUCACUGACCUUAAUGUCCUAGCCAACCUCCUCUCUAUCUCAACACUCUUCAUCUUCAUGCUUGUUGCAAUCGCUCUCCUUAUCCGAAGAUACUACGCGAGCGGUUUUACCUCAUCGAGACACCAAAUCUUGUUUAUCACAUUCAUUCUAGUUAUUCUUGCAUCAUCUAUUGCAAUUGCAGCACUCUGGGCAAUGGAAGUGGCAAGUUGGAUACCAUUUCUGAUUACAGUGAUUGUGUGGUUCCUUUCGACGAUUGGGCUAAGGGUGUUUGUUCCACAAGCACGGGAACCAAAGGUAUGGGGUGUUCCCCUAGUACCCUGGUUGCCAUCAGCAUCAAUUGCCAUUAACAUCUUCCUUUUAGGCUCCAUUGACGCGCAGUCAUACACGCGGUUUGCAAUAUGGACUGGGGGCCUCUUGCUGUACUAUUUGUUCUUUGGGCUCCAUGCUUCAUAUGAUGCAGCAAGGGAGUUCAGUGAUAAGAGGGCAGAGGCUGCUAAACAACUGAGAAAGAUAGAAGAGGGAUCGGCGACGAAAUCUCAAAUGGGGGAUGACAUGAAUGCAUGUGGUUAAAUUUGUGAAACUAUGAUUUGGUUUGUGAGGAGAGAAUAGAAUUUUAAAAUC